CCUUGCGUGCUUGAGCCUCGACCUGCACCCCGCGACCACUUCCACUUAGUCUUGAGUCUCACUCACCAAUGCUCCUCCACGACCACUCGCUCCUCACUAUUCUAUGAACGAUAUCUCCUUCUAUCUAAUUGACCCAACUAUUCAUAUGCGCAACCAUGUCUGACGAUACUGUCUCGCCGUUCCAGCUGCCCCCCGAGGCCGCCGCCGAGCUAAAGCGCAGUGACGCCUUUCAGAAUGUGCGCAGCCAUAUGAAGCUCAAGGAACAGUCCAGCAUGCUCAGCUUCUGCCCCUUCCACAUCGACGAAUGCAGUGAGCAAGAACUAUCGACCUUUCGCUUCCACCGUGAUAUUAUUUACGCCCUUCUCCUCCCCCUAUUCGAAGUUCACGACCAAGCCACUCAGAUUGCAACCCGUGUGUUGGCCAGAAGGAAGGGUAUCGAACCCGAACGAGCCUUUCGUGGAGAAGCCCGCGACGCCUUUUCCUGGUUGCAUUGCAUUCUCACCGAGGAACAAGACUUUUGUUUGGCCCAGGGUUGCCCGGCUUGCAUCGUCUUUCACGUUUUAUCAUCAGAACCCACAAUCCGCCUGGUGACGGUCGCCUGUAUGCUAUGCGACUUACUGCCAAAUACAGAGCUUUCGGAAGCGAAAAGAAGCCUGCCCGAUUUCGCCUUUUGGCUCAAAGCGAUGGAAAAGGCAGUAUGCGACGAUACCUUAUGGGGGGAAAGCUUCUGGCCAGAAAUCGAGCAUCGCGCAAAGUGUUUGAGUGGGCAAAUCAAACAUUUAAUCAUGCAGUGCGUCGAAUUCCGCAGCGCAACCGAACUGCAAAAGACCUCAAUCAAGCCCUCGUGCGCCGUCACGACACGGCCGGAGAAACGUGCUUAUCGCGUGCACGUACAGAGCAUCCCCGUUCAGUCAUCGGCGCUGGCCCGACGGCAGCUGCACAUGGUGUGGGAGGAGCAAGAACUGGCUUCCAAGUUUCUAAUCAGCUGCUGGGCGUCUAUGUGCUGGAAUGACCGGCGGCGGAAGAUCGACUUCUCGCGAGCGUCCAAGGAUGUGAUGAGCUAAUCUUUAUCUUCUUCUUUUUUUCUCUCUCCCUAUUUUUGAUUCAACAUUAUACCCUCCUUUUUACGGUUUGGUGUUGGCGCCUAGACUGAAUUUGAGCGUGGAGUCUGGAGUAUGACAGGUGGCUAUCUGUUAUUUUUAUAUUGUAUGGUGCAUUACCGGUCUAUCAUUAGAGGUGGUAUUACCUGAGUACUUGAUUACUAUUGCCACGGCCAGAGCUUACUGGCUGGUA